AUGAAUAUAACAAAACAUUGUUCAUUCUAUUUCUCUCUUUGAAGGUGUAUGUAUGUAUGGGUGUAAAACAAAAAACAUUUUCCUAUUUGAAAAGCAAAACAGGAAAGAACGUAGAAGAGAGUGAAAGUAAAAGCAAAAUCCAAAAGAAAAAAGAAGAAACAAAAGCAAAGUAGUUGCCUCCACCACACCCCCACCAUUUUGGCUUUAUAAGGAAGCCACAGAACUCAUUACAACUUCCCCCUCCACCCUCUCUCACCCUAUAAUCUCCCUUCUUAUUAUUUUCUCAAUCUCAAUCACUUCAAUGGGUUUCUACACUCAACAAUCCAUCUCCAAUUUAACAAUAAGUCAAGCCAUAUAUGAAGCUGCUCUAAUCAUUGCAGUUCUUAGAUGGAUCAUAUGUUUAGUUUUCAAAAUAAUAAAACACACAAGAACAAAACCAGUAGAAGAUCAACAACAAUACUCUUCUUGUUGUCAAAUGUUACCGUUGACAAGUUUCGGAGAAAUCAAGGAAAGACAUCCAGAAACAGAAGAAACAUGUGCUGUUUGUUUGAACAAACUGAAAAUGGAAGAUGAAGUUAGAGAAUUGAUGAACUGUGAUCAUGUGUUUCAUAAAGAAUGCAUAGAUAAGUGGUUAGAACAUGGUCAUGACAAUGAAAAUCAUAACCAAACUUGUCCACUUUGUAGAGCUCCAUUGAUCAAUUCUUAUUCACUUUCAUCUGAAAUUUCAAGCUGUGGAUUUUCUCCUCCUCAACCUAGUUGGGCUGUUGAGAGACUUCUUUAUCUCUUUGGUGAUGAUCUCUUGCCUUGUUAAUUAAUAAUUUAGUUAUAAGAUCAUAGAUUAGGGAAUUCAUUAUUUGUUGGAUCUUCAUCAUAAAUUUCUUAGCUCAAAAUCCUCUUUUGUUGCUUUGUUGUGUGCUAGAUGCAACAAAAUUAGUAGAUGUUGAGACACAAAAUUUGUAUGUAUAAUUUAUGUAUAUGAAUGUAUUAUGUGCAUAUUUUUUUUUUCACAUUUGAUCUAUAUAAAAUAUUACCUUUGAUUAUUCCAUUUGUAUUUAUGGUUUUUUGGUUAUUUUGUACAACAAACAAAUUAAUAAUGGAAGUUCCUUGAACCA